GGAGCUUGGAAACUAAAUAGAAAUCCAACAUGGCGAACCGCACGGUUUCCGAUGCAAAAACGGUAAAGGGAACAAAUCCUCAGUAUUUGGUGGAGAAAAUCACUCGUGCACGUAUUUAUGAGAAUAAAUACUGGAAGGAGCAAUGUUUUGCGCUUUCAGCGGAGCUGUUGGUGGACAAAGCAAUGGAGUUAGAUCAUGUUGGUGGUACAUAUGGUGGAAACAUCAAACCGACGCCUUUCUUAUGCCUGGUGUUAAAAAUGCUGCAAAUUCAGCCAGAGAAGGAAAUAGUUGUGGAGUUCAUCAAAAAUGAGGAUUACAAGUAUGUGCGAGCACUGGGAGCCAUGUACAUGAGGCUUGUAGGGACGUCAAUGGAUUGUUAUAAUUACCUGGAGCCACUUUACAAUGAUUACAGAAAAAUCAGAAGGAAAAAUAAGAUGGGAAAAAUGGAGCUUUCUCACAUGGAUGAGUUCAUUGAUGAGCUGCUUAGAGAAGACAGAGCCUGUGAUGUCAUUCUGCCUCGCAUUCAGAAGAGAAAUGUGCUUGAGAGUUCCAAUCAACUUGAACCAAGGAGAAGCCUUCUUGAUGAUGAUUUGGAGGACAUGGACUCAGAGUCAGAGGAGGAAGAAGAGAGGCAGGUAUGUCAAGAAUCUACUUCAAACAACAUCAAAGAAUCACAAUUCUGGUGAAUGACAGUCGAACCUCCACUAACGGCCACCCCUUUACGAUGGCCAUUUUUUUUUGUCCCGGCGGACGGUUCAUACAUCCUCUCUUAUUUUAACCUCUCAACAACGGCCCUCUCUCCAUAACGUCAACGGCAACUUAAGGUCAUUCCAGUCCACUGAAAUAGAACCUGCUCUGAGAUUUUUGU